GUGAAAGUGGCAUGGUGUUUUGAUGACGAAACGUGUGUAACCUGACAGUAUAAAUAAUACAUGGAAAUUACUUUGGUUGAGACGAAGAACCGAGUUAUAUGGAUGACUUAGCAUUACAGGGAUUGUCCUCCUCAUGUGGACUUGGCCAGACUAGGGCUGUUGAGUACUUUGAACAGCUCAAAAUAUCACCAGAUGGUUGGAAAUUAUGUGCUCAAGCUUUUACAAGUGGAGUGUACCAUGGAGAUGAUCACAUCGAGUUCUUCUUUCUUCAAGUGGUGGAACACUACCUUAAGACAAGCUACCCACAUUCGAGCAAUGAGGACCAUUCGAACAUUAAAACCCUGGUGAUGGCUUGUCUACAGCUGGAGGGCAGUGAGGUCAGCAGUAACAAAAGCUUUAUUCGGAAUAAGGUUGCACAGAUUGUCUCCCUUGCAUUUAUUGUCGACUACCCAUACAGAUGGUCUUCAUUCUUCUCGGACGUCCUGUCGACCUUGAACCUCGGUCCACUCGCCGUCGAUAUGUAUCUGCGUAUUCUCCUGGCUAUCGACGAAGAAGUGGUGGAUCGGGAAAUUGUUCACUCUCCAGAAGAAAGCCGACGCAAUACCCUUAUUAAGGAUGCAAUGAGAGAUAACUGUGUGUCACAGCUGGCGGACUCUUGGCAUCAGAUCAUGACUCGCUAUGAAACAUCAAAACCAGAGAUCACGUGUCUGUGUUUGGACGUUGUUGGGACGUUUGUGUCAUGGAUUGACAUAAGUCUUAUCGCCAAUGACAAGUUUGUGUCACUUCUUCUGCGGUUCCUGUCGAUGACACUGCUCCGAGAAAGUGCUUGUGAUUGCAUUCAUGAGAUUGUCAGCAAAGGCAUGGAUCCGGUGGCCAAGACAACCCUGGUGGAAUCCUUCAUGUCUGUUCUCGAAAAUUCUGGAAUUCUUAAACCACCAGAGGAUGAAGAAGGAGAUUUUCUUGCUAAGCUGUCCAAACUUAUGAAUGGAAUCAGUCUUGCUCUGUUAUCGGCAUGGCAGAAACUGGUGAGAAUCGGAGAUGAACAGAAUGCUAACAUCACUCUUAAUGCUCUGGAGGCUAAAAUACCAUACAUCCUGCGUUUCCUUGGUGACGAAGACGACGAUGUUUCUGGUGCCGUGGCGAUAUUUGCUCAGGAGUACAUUAACAGUCUUAAACAAGUGUCUAGUCUGAGUCAGCAACAACGGGAAAUUAUUGAGGGAUUGCUGAUUACAGUUGUUAAGAAAAUGAAGUACGAUGAAUCCUACAACUUUGAGCAAGAGGGUGAAGAUGAAGCCAUGUUCCAGGACUACCGCAAACAGAUGAAGACAAUUUUCAACAACUUAGCACAGUUGGAUUCACAGCUAAUUAUUCUGACAGUGCACAACUUUGCCACACAGAUAUUACCUCAGUGGGAAGCGGCCAGUAUUGAAGAUGUCGAAAUGGCCGUUACACUUUUGUAUAUGUUAGGAGAAGCCGUUCCGGCCUCUCAUGGUCAACAUUUCAGUGGCAAUCUAGCCAAGACGUCAGCUCUGCAAGAGAUGAUGAGACUGCUGAUUACCAGUCGUGUGAGUUCGAAUGGUCACAUGAUCAUCCAGCUUCAGUUCUUUGAAACAGUUGUCCGAUACGACAAGUUCUUCAGCUGUGAACCAGAGCACAUUCCUCAUGUUGUUAUGGCAUUUCUUGACGAGAGAGGUUUCCGACACAGAUCACCAAAAGUGAGAAGUCGAACAGCUUACUUAUUUUCCAGAUUUGUUAAAGGAUUGAAAUCUCACAUGCAGAACUACCUGGAAGACAUUCUCAAACAGAUGCAGGACCUCCUCGUGUUGAAUACACCCGACAAUGGGUACCAGCAGUUCCUGUCGGACGAUGACCAGCUCUUCAUGUACGAGACGGCUGGCAUUCUCAUCACAUCCAGUGGCCUGUCAUCAGAGAAAAAGCAACUGCUCAUGAGAAACCUGUUGGCACCAAUAGCAACCAAGUACGAAGGUCUUCUCGGAAAGUUUUUCCAGGAAACGAAUGAACAGAGGCAGCUGGCUUAUGCACGCUGCAUUACUAGCGCUAUGGCACUUGCAAGCCGUGCCAGUAAGUGUUUUUCAAGCCAGCAGACGAUGAAGCAGAGCGGGUGUAUCGAGGUGUUCACCGAGCUGCUCAAGCUGUUCCUGGUGGCGCUCAACGCCCCCGCUCACCGCCAGAUGCUGCACACGGGGGUGAGGCAGUACCUCCACCGCAUGGUCGUGUGUCUGGAGAAGGAGAUCCUGCCCUUCAUCCCCAUCAUCCUGGAGAACCUCCUCAAACAGCCCGAGGUCAAGGAGCUGUACGACUUCAUACCGCUCCUCAACCAGCUCACCAUGAAGUUCAAGAGUGCAAUAACCCCAUUUUUAAGUGAGAUUUUCAUGCCGUUUGUGAGUACAAUAUUCCAGACAUUAGCAAUACCAUCUGACGAACGUGACCAAGUGGCUGCCACAGAGAAAAAGCUACUACAGCGAGGAUAUUACCAAUUUCUGUCGACUAUCAUUAGCAAUGAUGCCAUAGAUGUUUUGAAAGUUCAGGAUGUUCAGAAUUUGAACGAGGUUUUGAUGUCUGUUGUACAAGGGGCUGUUGAGUGUCCAGACCCCACUAGUCAAAAAACAUGCUUCAGCAUUCUGAGGAAAAUGAUUGACAUCUGGGGAGGCACAAACAACAUCAUGGGAUUUCUGGAUUUCAUGUAUAAGAACGUCAUUCCAGCAUGCUUUCUGGCUCCUCUCAAACCCACGUUUGACCUGUCGGAUGCACAGACAACUCUGGUUUUAGGUGAAAGUGCUAUGUGCUUAAAAACUAUUCUUGACAAAAGAGGUGAAGAAGUGAUUGCCUAUCUUCAGGGUGAAUAUUUACCAACACUCAACUUACCCCCACAACUCACACAGGAGUUUUGCCAAGCCAUGAAGACGGAUCAAAAGACUUUUAGAAAUUAUAUGAAAACAUUUUUUCUGAAGGCCAAGUCAUGACAAAGGGAUGCUUGAAGAUGCCGCACUUCCCAGAGUGAUCGAUCUUGAUAGACAUUUCUACUGAACUUUUCCCAUAAUGCUUUGCGAGAAUCCUAGAAUGAGUCGUUCAUCCGCUAGUAUGAUGGAAAUCGCAAUCAAUGGACGUAUGCAGAUAUUAAAAUCUCAUUUGGCCAGAUCUCCAGGCAUAACUUACUAUAGAAAGGAGUAGUUAUCAUACUGCUAUCUUUUAUACCACAGCGAAUCGCUUCGACUACUGUGAUGGAAAUUCAAGGCAGUCUGUUUUACAUAGGCUUGCAUACACACUAGUUUUGUCAUGAAGCUAUAAUAGUCAGGGCUGGUGUUGUCUUUAAUUGGAUUACACAGUUACUUAGAGUACCAUAAUUUGGGUAACAAUGAUGUGAACUGUUCAUACUAACAGCAGCCCGCUGAUUGUUAUAAGGGCCACUCCUUUUGAGACUUGCCUUAGUGUGCCAAAUAUCCUUUGCAUUCUGCACUGGGGAGCUUCCCAUGUCUGCCUAAUUGUUUGUUGUGUGAUGUGUGAAUGAGUUGGUAAAAAGUGAAAACGUUAUGACACUUGAUACAAGGGUUAUAUUUACUUAUUAAAUUACUGAUCAAACUAGGUCAGUAGAAUGUUAUAAAAAAAACCUUGCUGUUACAAUGGAAAAUUCUACUUUAGUAGUUAAGAUUGCUUAAGUCAAAGGAUUGAAUCUCUCUCCGAUACAUUUUUUCCUGUUCCAACCAGUGCAUCACAACUAGUUUAUCCCAGGCUAUUGGAUGUGCUUUUCUGUAUAUGGGAAAAUGCAUGUAAAAGAUGCCUUGCUGCUAAUGGAAAAAUAAAGCAGAUUUUUUCUUAAGAUUUUAUGUCAGAAUUAUCAAGUUUGACAUCCACUAGUUGAUGAUUAAUAGAUCAAGUUCAUCAACGUACUGUAGUGGUUUCAUUAAAGAAAACAGACUAACAUUUUUAGCUGUUUAACAAUCAGCCUUAAGAUGUGUAGUGCUAAAUUCAUAUUGUAGUACAAUCUCCAACACAGAGUGAGUUUUAAGAGCUCAUUGGAGAGAUGGCUGAAAUGUGUAACCAGGACAGCAUGCAUGAACCUUGAGUAGAAUUAAGCUCCGAAAUGAAUUAAAAAUGAAUACGAACAGUGUUAAUUAACAUCAAUUUAUUAGUUUGUUACAUAGAGAAUACUGCCAUAAGUGACCAUUACAUACCAUUUAUCUUGCAAUGAGUUGUAUAUUAUAUGUUAAGACAUAUCUAAUGAGUGAAAGUUAGCUGGAUACAUUUUUAAACAAUGAGUUGUAAGAGAAAUGGUAUUCAAAUGUUCAUUAAUGUAGUGUAAUAUUCUUACAUUGGUCACAGAUCAGUCGGGUUAAGUAUUCAUAAAAAGAGAAAAUACUCCCAACUUUUCUUUAAUUUUAAUUUUUCAAUAUCUGCAACACAGACCUAUAAAAUUGUAAUGAAAUAAUGUGAAAUAUUACUGGUGCUGAUAUUGGAUACGAAUGCUCAUUACAUGCACAGAUAAUUAAAAUGAAUAUUUAAUAUAUUAGUAUAUUUGGCAUUAUGGAGUUACAUGCUCAUCUUGGGCAUUGACAGUUGAAAUAAAAUCCAGUGGAUAAUUUCCUCUUUUUUUCUUAAUCCUGGCCUCUGGGUAAUAUAGUGAUUGGAAGAGUGAACCCUUGACACAAUGGAAGAUUUUGACCAAUCAACUGUUGGGAAGUUUGGACCGGUCUGUAGGAUGGGAGGGGGGGGGGGGGGGGGGGGGGGGUGAAUGCACUGUGUUACUAAGAUGCCAGGAUAAGUAAGUAUUCAUGAAAAGAAAAAAACUAUGAAAAUUUUUCUACCUACUGAUGUAUUGGCCGUGAUGGGCACUUGAUUCUUAACAUGAAGCAAAGUUUAUUACUGGUUUGUUAGCAAUGACAGGGUUAACAUCGUUUGUUGCUGUUGGUAACAGUUGUGUGAAUUGUAAAUGUUUGUUUCAGUUGAGUGCUACUAUAACAUUGUGUAAUAGUUUUCAUGUUAAUUGUCAAGUAUGUCAAAAUUAAAAAGGAUAGGUCCAGUUUUCUGUUAUAAAUGGCAAGGAGGAACCUGUCAGUAAAUUGCUACUAAGUGACAUACACGCAGACUACAGAAUGGUUGUAUGUACAUUUUUAUGCAAUUCGUUACCCUUUGCAUUUUAUUCAGUUCAAUCUAUUUUUUAGUUGCAUAUUUAAAUCUAAUUGCAAUAAAUUUCAAUCUGUAACUUAUUAUCUUUCCUUUACGAAUUAAAAAGCGAGAUAAAGUUAUUGAUUUUCUGAUGGCGACGAUGUUGAUAUUUACAUUAAAGUUUUACAUUUCGAUCAGCUUACCACAAACUAUAAACCAUACAUCAAUGAAACUUGGUUUAUCACUUGACCGAAAAGGUUUAUGAUAGGUGAGACGUUUAAUUCCACAGAAUUCUUGUUGUCUUUGUAAAAUUACAUAUCUGUGAAAAAUGAAUUUUAGAUCAUUUAAUGCCACAUUAAAAUGCUGAAAACCAUGUCACUGUGACUGUUUUAUAUAUAUAUAUAUAUAUAUAUAUAUACAUACACUCUGAAUCAUGUUAUUAAUAAUGUUUAUAAUAGUAGUGUAAAGAAAAAGUCUUUAUUUUGAUCUAGAAAUAUGUGUUAAAUCAAUUAUGUUAAAGGUAUGGGUAACGUGGUUUGUUUUUUUAAUCUACAGAAAAAUAUUAUCAAAUAUAACUUGCAAUUUACCUGUUAAAUUUAUAAAUAUAUUGUUGCAAUGUAAUUCUUCAUAACUUGAGAUUAGUUUUUUUUUCUUUAUAUCAUGCAUAAUGGUACUGACAAGAAUUUUGAUUAAAAAUUUUGAGUGGGCAAAGAAAUUUUAAUGAUUUAAUUAUUUUAGUAAAACCUUUCGCACAGAGCAAGGAGUGUAUCUUUAAAAAAAAAAUUUAACUCACGAAAUUUAUUUAUAAACAAAUUUGUUUUGUUUUGUUUUGUUUUAUUUUAUUUUUGUUCUGUUGUGAUGUCUUUUCUUUUUAUGUAGAAGAUAUGUUUCAGUUUGGGGUUUUUUCAAUUCUCAGGACUUGUGUAUUUUUUAGUUUUUUUCAAACAUGGGCAUUAAUGGUAUAUAACAAUCACAUGUACAGUGUUAGUGAAUGUAAAAUGUAUGCCAGCGAUUUUCGUUCCUUGUUAUAAGAUCAUGAGUUUAAGGAAUUUUCAAAAUGUACUUUUUCUGAUUUAUGACAAAAUCAAAUGUGUUGAUGAUUAUUGGAGAAAAAUGUUACUACAAAUGUUAUUGUAGAAGGCAAAUUUGUUUAUAGUUGUGAGCAAUCCUGCACCUGAUUAUAUUACUAAUCGGAGCUUAUUGCUUAUGGAACUUGUGACUUUGAAUUUAAUGCCAUACAAAAUGCAUACAUUACUGGUAGUCAGGGAUUUAUCGAGGUGUUCUGUGGGUCUGAACAUAGACUCCUUCCAAACAGUAAGUGGCCCUAAAAAAUUCCCAAUUUCUAUACCAAAAAUUCCCAGUAUAUAUAUUUAAUUACAUUGUAUAUCUGUUCUAAUAAAUUAAUUUAACUGGUGUACUGCAUCAUUCAGUGGCAUGAAAAACUAUCCGAAGUAUGAUUUACUUGCGCUAAUUUUCCCAAUCUCUGAAAAUUACCAAUUUUUAUACUAAAAAUUCCCAGUAUAUAUAUAUAUUUAAUUAUGUAUGUUCUAAUAAAUUAAUUUAACAAUUGUGUACUGCAUCAUUCAGUGGCCUGAAAACAUAUCCAAAGUAUGAUUAUAACUCAUGUUAAUUUUCCCAAUCCCAUCAGUCGUGGGAUCCUGGCCACAAAUCCUGGAUAAAUCCCUGUUAGUGUAAAUUAAUGCAGUACAUUUGAGCUAUGAAUUCAAAGUUUAAUUAAAACAGGCCAGAUUUCAAUUUGAAUUUCUAAGAUUAUCUUAUUUCACAUUGGUUAAAGUUACAGCUAAAUAUUUGAAGUAUAUUUACAAAAAAAAAAAAAAAAAAAAAAAAUAUAAUAAAAAAAAAAAAUGAAUAAAUUAAACAAAACAAAACAAAACAAAAAGCCCCUGCAAUAUUUUGAUGUACUAAUAUGUCAAUAACUACCUCCAAAAUUUUUGAAAAUGGCAUAUUGUAUGACAAAUAUUUCAGAUGUCCUUUUAUACGAGUAAUCUGUUUUAACUUUCAGUUUGAAAACUCUGGCCCAGAAACAUAACAUACUAACAUUUCAGAAUAGUGAUAGCUCAUUUUAAAAUGGCAUUGCUUUUUGAUCUGUUUGCAAAACCACCCUUAAGCACUAUGUUUAAAAUAAAAUGAUUGGACAUACAUUCUGAGUGCUAUAAUUGACCUAAUGAAUUCUUCAUGCAAGACUUGAUAGUUUCAUGAAAUCAUCAUGAAAUCAUGAAAACAAUCAGAACUAGUAUUUGUACAACCCCUCACCCAGCUCUACAUCUUAUUUACCCCCCCCCCCCCCCCAAAUAUGUUAUAGCUGAAAAGUAUUAAUAUAUCCAUAAAGUUUGCAUUGCCUCAGAACUCUUCCCCCCCCCCCAGCUUCUCUAGGUCUAGAUAUAAAUGGAAAACCUCACCUGUGGAGAAAAUGUGGGAAAAGUAUUAAUUUAUUUAUAAACUUUGAAAAAAUCUUUUUUUAAUUAAAAGGCAAAGCUUUAUUCAAAUUUGUUUUGGUAAUGAUUAGUCAAAUUCUAAAAAUUUCAAAGCUAAAUAACAUCACAAAAUAAAAGAUGAACUUUGUAUAUAUAGUUACAGAAAUAAUGAAAGAAAGUUUAAAAUUCAUUAAAUGUUUGUUUUUUCAGUUACUUCUUCAGAAUCUACAAUAUCUAAAGUUCCCUAUAGUAUUGGAAGAUCCAUACACAAAGUACUGUAAUUCCAUGAUUAAUACUGUUUAGUACCACAGAUACCCAAAAAUCAUGAAGUAAUUGUGGUAUGUAUAUGAUAAAACCAUUGGCAAGGAAACCACCCCAGUACUGUUUGAUGAGACAAGUUAACCUGAUUAUUAUGGAUUUCAGAUCAUUAAAGUUACUUUUUGCUAUACUGGGCCCAAUUUCAUAAAACAUUGUAGGCCUAGUUUUACAUGUAAACCUAAAUCUACGACUAAACCACAGUUUUUAUUACUAUUAUAGUUAAAACAAAUAUAGUUAAAAGUACAAAUAUUUCAUUUUCUUUUGUCCUUAAAAUGCUUCAUCUUCUGUAAUGAUGUAAUUUUCUGUGUGAAAUAGAUGCCAAACAGAUGUAAAUGUAUGCCCGGUAUAACUGCUAGUCACAGACGUAAACUUACGAUGUUUUGUGAAAUAGGCUUCUGAGCUUGGCCUCUUACAAUAUGAUUCAUCACACCUGGACUAUCCUAUCUUCAUUUGGAUUAGUUGUUAGGAUAUUCCAGGGCCUGUGAUUAUAAAACUUCAGCGUCAACUCAUAUCUAUAAUGAUAUCACACACAUACAAUUUGUAUGUCAUUGCCAUGAUGGUGAAGUCACAAACCCUAUAAAGUCUUGAGUCUAGACUCUAAUAGUUUUAUAAUCAUGGGGCCUGAGCUUAUAGUAUGGGAAGAACGUGCAUAUACGUGUCGUAAGGGAUCAUAAUAAGUAUGUACCUGUUACUUCAUUUCUCAGUUGAUAAAACACACUCCCUGGAAAUUGGCUUUAAAUGAAUUAAACAUAAACGGGUGUACCAGACAGCUGUGGUGUGGGGUUGGGUGAAGAUGAUGAAAGCCCUCUCAUGAUUAAGGAAUUAAACAGAAGCAGGUGUACCAGACAGGCGUGGGGUGGGGUUGGGUGAAAAAGAUGAUGAAAGCCCUCUCAUGAUUAAAGAAUUAAACAGAAGCAGGUGUACCAGACAGGCGUGGUGUGGGGUUGGGUGAAGAUGAUGAAAGCCCUCUUAUGAUUAAGGAAUUUUUUCAAUUUGCACAACACAGACUGAUUUAAAUUUUGUGUUUAGGGCGGUCUUUAUAAUAUUAGUACAAUUGUAUUAUUUGGGGAGAGGAGGGAUGAUGUUAUUGCUUGAGGUGGGUUAAAUGCUGUCUACCAUAUAUGUGAUUGGUUUCUCUAACGAUUGCUAUUUUAUUCUACAUAUAGUAUUUUUCUAGAAAUUGGAGUAAUUAAAAAACAUUCAUGACAGAUUCCUUCAAAAUAGUCCCCUCCCCUUUGUAGUGUGCCAAUAUUCAGACAUAGUGUUGAAGGUCAUAACUUUUCCAAAGGUAUUUUCAACUUUUGAACUUGUCACAAGUUCCAUAACUGGAAUACAAUAUUUCUGUGAUAUUUGUAAAGGAAAUGUCCAUCAACUGUCAUAACCUUUGCAUUGAGUUAUUAUGCAGUAGGCUUUAUUGAUUGUGUUAAAUACUGCACUGCAGCAAAUGGUCAGUUAUGAUGAUUGUGCAAAUAAAAUCUUUAAAAUCAAUUCACCCAAUAUUUCUUUAUUUAUGCAAAUAUGUUUUGUAAAUACAAACAUGAAAAAUAAAACUAUUUAAUAUUUCUUCA